UUGAUAGGCCCAAAUGUGACGUCACCAUACCCCGGAAGUACCGGUUUCACAACAAGGGCAGCAGCAGAUGGGUGCUCUCCCUGCAUGUCAAGACCCAGUUCCGUCUCUAAACCGGUUUCUGUGAGAACCUGCGUUAGGUGUGGUUAGGGCUCUGGUCAGCGGCAGUCCAGUGACUUUCGAGUGACUGUCCAGGGGCUGUCCAGCCUCCUCUGGGCUCCACAUGCGCCGCCGUGUCACCGCUCGUUAGCUGCUCUCGUGUGUGUGUGUGUGUGUGUGUGUGUGAGAGUGUGUGUGAGUGAAGGGCAUGGCAGGGCUGGCGCUGGUCAGAACUUUACCCACCCUGCGCGCGGUCACGGCUCGGCUCCUCGCGCCGGCGCUGCUCCCCGUGUGGCGGACGGAGCGCGUGAGGACGCUGCGGGUGGGCUGCCCCGCACGCGCCGGACACAACAAGUGGUCCAAGGUGAAGCACAUCAAGGGACCUAAAGAUGAGGCAAGAGGAAGGAUGUUCAUGAAGUAUGGCAUGCUGAUUAGAAUAGCUGUGAAGGAGGGGGGAUCAAACCCAGACCUCAACGUAAACCUGGCCAACAUACUGGAGCAGUGCAGGACUAAGAACAUGCCCAAAGCAUCCAUAGAUGCAGCCAUUAAGAGUGCGGAAAAGGCUAAACCAGCGUCCCAGCACAUGUUUGAAGCUCGGGGUCCAGGUGGAUGCCUCCUGCUCAUCGAGGUGCUGACGGACAACAACUCCCGUGCGCAUCAGGAAAUCAGACGCCUGCUCACCAAGAACGGAGGGAUGCUGUCUGAUGGAGCUCGUCACAACUUCAACCGCAGGGGCGUGGUGGUGGUGCCGAGCCAGGACAUCACGGCAGAGAGGGCUCUGGAGCUGGCCAUCGAGGCUGGAGCAGAAGACGUCCAGGAAACUGAGGAUGAGGAGGAGAAGCCCCUCCUGAAGUUUAUAUGUGACAUAACCGACCUGAAUAAGGUGAGGACCUCCCUGGUGGGACUGGGAAACCAGAUUACAUCUGCUGGGCUGGAGUUUGUCCCCCGCAACCAUUCGUCUCUGGACCAGGAGCAGAUGGAAGCUGCUUCGAGUCUUAUAGAAGUCCUUACUGACUAUCCAGAUGUGGUGCGAGUGUGGGACAACAUCCAGGCUGACAGCUGAAUGCAGUCUUCUGGACACUCAUCGGACACUACUUGCAAUACUGGAAAAAAGACCAUGAACAUUAUUGAAUGCUCAUGCUAUAUUUUAUGAUUUAUAUGUUGGAAAAAGUGGAAUAAUAAUAAAAUUGCUGUUCACGUUCUGUUCUGCCUUUUAUUCCAUAAAGCUAGGGUCGUUUUUUUUUCCAUAUCCAACCCCGAGCAUUCACCCCGAGGCCUUCUUGGCACUCGCUGCGACUAUUGUCCAGCAGGAUUUUCCAUGAUGAUUUUUUUUCUUUCAGUUUUUAGGUGCUCGCUUCUUCAAACUGAACCAAAGGGAAACUAAAUCUGCAUGUCAAGCAAGAUCAGAGCAAAUGUUCACAAAACAAUCCAGCAUUUUUUCAUUUUAGUUCAAUUACAUAAAGAAAUAAAAUGCAUUUAAAUGUAUUACUUCUGCACAAUCAGCUUUUGCAAUACCC